CUUACCUCUCCGAGUUUCGCCCAUGCUGCUCUUCCUAUCUCUGUCCAAAACCCUAGCUUAUGUCACUUCUCUCCCGGUUUCGCCCAAAACUAUCACCUUCGUGAACGAACCUUUGCGAUACAGUAGCCAUUAGAGCUAGCUGGGAAGAGAACGACCGGAUCUCGGUUUACAGAGACUACAGAAACUCCCAUCUUUCUUAUCCUUCCGCUCCUGCCAGAAACCACUGUGGAAGAUUUUGGUAAAUUUUUGUUUGCCGUCGGUUCGCGAAUCGCGAUCAUUGUUUGGGGCCGCUAAUUUUAUUUCCUGCUCGCGAGCGAUCUCGACUGCACGAGGACUUUUUCGUCUGUCCUCGCCCUAAAUCUUCAUAGACCAUUGUUCUCCUUGGGCUGAGCAUUUCACGUUCUUCCGUCACGGUCUCUAUCAUCGAGCGAGUUCCACCAGCUUCGUAGGGAUCAAUCUCACACAGAUCAGCUCUUGUUCUCCCUCCCAAUCUCCACUCGAGAGUUGCAUAACCAGCGCCAUGCCAGACGUUCAAACCCUCGUCAAUGACUUCGUCCUCAAACUAAAACGGCGGAAGAUCGAAGGGUCGCAAGAGAGUGCGAGGCAGACUGCUGAGCUGCUGCGAAGUGUGGUAUCCCAUCAGCGGUUGCCGUACAUUAACCAGGCAACCGUGCUAUUAGAUGCUGUAAGGACCGUUGGAGAGCAGCUGAUUGCUGCAAACCCUGUAGAGCUCGCUGUUGGCAACAUUGUGAGACGUGUACUUCACAUUAUUAGGGAGGAAGACUUAACAUCUACAGCAAAUGCAAUGGAGGGAUUGACCUUGUCUGCUAACAGUGAUGAUGAUGGAAACUUUGACGGUGAAGAACACCCAGUUUUGUCUGCUGCUGCUGUAGCUGCCGCUGCAAGAAGCGCUCUUCGAGCACCCUCGUUGCAGACUCUUCUUGAAGGCAUACCUGAGUCUGCUUCAGCUCCUCAUCUUUCAUCAUCCGGAGGCGACUCCGAAGGAAAGAGUAAAUCUGAAAGAAGUUCAAGAAGCAAGAAGUUGAAACACGAUGUCAUUGAGGCCAUCAAUGAAUUGAUUCAAGAUAUUGAAACUUGUCAUGAACAAAUUUCUGAACAAGCAGUGGGACUCAUUCACCAAAACGAGGUGAUAUUAACCUUGGGCCGUUCAAGAACAGUCAAAGAGUUUCUUUUUGCAGCAAAUGAGAAGAAAAGAUCUUUUCGAGUAUUCAUUGCAGAGGGUGCACCAAGGUAUCUGGGACAUGUUCUUGCAAAGGAGCUAGUUGCAAAAGGCUUACAAACUACUGUUAUCACUGAUUCUGCUGUUUUUGCCAUGAUCUCUAGGGUAAACAUGGUGAUAGUUGGUGCUCAUGCAAUAAUGGCAAAUGGUGGUGUGAUAGCACCUGUCGGAAUAAAUAUGGUCGCCCUUGCUGCUCAAAGGCAUGCUGUCCCUUUUGUGGUGGUUGCUGGAAGUCACAAGCUAUGCCCCUUGUAUCCACAUAAUCCAGAGGUUUUACUAAAUGAUUUCAAAAGCCCAUCCGAUUUGUUGGACUUUGGAGAGUUCUCAGAUUGUAUGGAUUUUAGCACUUCUGGAGGUUCUCCACGUCUUCAUGUUGUAAAUCCUGCUUUUGAUUUCAUUCCUUCAAAGCUUGUGAGCCUUUUCAUCACUGAUACGGGCGGGCACAGCCCUUCAUACAUGUACCGGCUAAUUGCAGACUACUACUCUGCUGAUGAUUUUGUUGUGCAGCGACGGCCAACGUCUUAGUGGUGACCAAUGUAGGAUAAUUUGAUAUUUGGGCUUUGGGAACCAGUUUUCUGUAAUAUUCCACUAUAA